UAUACAUGCAGUGCAAAUUUGUUCAAGCAAUAAAUAUUUUAUUUUCUAUCUUUGCAUUUUUAUUGAUAAUAGAAGAUUAUAAGAAGCUUGAAGCUAAAGUUGCUGAUAGUGAAGUAUAUGUAACUAAAAUAUUGGGAAUGAAGACACAAGUAGAGGAGAAGAAAAAAAUUAUUACUGAAGAUUAUGAGAAACUGAAACUCAAAAUAGCCAAUUUGGAGGAACAAUAUCUUAAAGAAAAACAGAUCAUUAUUGAUGACAAUCAAAAUCUCAAAACUGACAUUUCUGAGAAAGACAAAGUUAUAGCCAAGCUGACAUCACAAGUAGAGGAACAAUUACAGAAUGAGAAACAGAUCAUUACUGAGCUAAAGUGUCUAAUAAUGAAUUGUAUACAACCAAACUAAUGAAGGAGAAGUCACAACUACAGGAAAGAGUCACAUCCUUAGAGGAACAAUC